AUUGAAGGGUAUUCAUGUUGAAGAGUAUAACAGACCAGUUCCAGGUAGAAAUUAACAGUCAGUUGGUUGAUAUAUCUUUGUAAAUCUCUAGAGUUAGUUAGUUAACUAAAGUUUACAUGGUUUAAAUACGUUCGGUAUAAUAUUUGCCUAAUUGAGAAUAUAAUUAAGAAAGGCGAGUCCGCUACGAAACCUGAAAAAAAACAAGCUGGAAUAUUGUCUCGUUUCGUUUCUUGUUAAAUAAAUUGCUGUUAUAGGCGUCAAAGUUUCUCAAUUUUUACCGGAAGUGAAAGCUAAAUCUUAUCAAAAUGUGUCUGGAUUUGGAUGAUUUAAUCGAAUGUGCCCUGUGUGCGGCGUGCAUAGCACUUUGUUGCUCGUGUUGCAAAGACUCCGGCAAUUCGGGUCGUCAUACGACCGUGAUUCAACAAGGUCCCCCAAUCUACCAACAACCCGGACCAGGUCAAGGCGGUCCGUACCCUUAUCAACAAGGACCUUAUCAACAAUAUCCAGGUGGGGCAUAUCCAUAUCCCCAACAAGGUCAAGGUUAUCCACCUCAAGGUCCCUACGGCCCCCCUCAAGGUCAAGGUUACGGUCCCCCUCAAGGCGCUUAUCCGUACCCUCCUCCCGUCCAAACUGCCCCCGGCCCAGGUUAUCCAGCUCAACCUUAUCCACCAAUGCAAAAUGCAGGUCCAUACCCUCAACAGGCGCCCUACAAUCCGAACAAUAUGUGAAUAAAAUUGGAUACCAAUAAGCAAAAACAACUGGAAAAUAAUUAGUCACAUUAUGAAUUAAGUAUUUCAAUUUUCUAGGCUUUGCCGAACUUUAAAAUUUAAAAGAAAUCAGCAUUAUUUUGUUAAUCGUUUGAUCUUUAUCUUAUCUUAUUCUCAUUAUUGAACAUUGUUGUAUGUAUGACGAGAAGUUAUAUGACUAAUUAAUGCAAACAAAGUUUCGCUACUUGUUGGGAACACAUGAAAAUACCUCAGACUAAAUUAACUAUUAAAAAUUUCUCUAAUGAAAAGAUGUGCCAUUUUGGGAAAAUGAGCUUCUUUCAAGAAAAUCGAUAUGAAUUAAUUAACAAAUUAAUAUUAACGUACUAAUCUCAAUAGUUAAUUAUGUACUCUAUUUUUUCCACGACUAACCACAUUUCACGCAAGACUCGCCUUGUGACUCACUUAACAAAUUAUAUUAUAUUUAAUCUCAUAAAAUGUAUACCGUUAACAAAAUAAAAUAUGCAACUUUUUCUGGAAA